UUCUGUGCUUGGGCCACCUCUAUCCACAAUCUGUAUCCACGAUUUGGCUGAGAAGAUCAAAUGUUAUUUCCAGAUUUGCUGAUGAAAGACCACAAAAUGAGAGCAGUGACGAAGAUGCAGAGAGGAUUCAAGGGGAUGUAGAUUAGCUUGAUAUGUUGCUGUGUGAAGGAACGGAGCACUCGCAAGCUGGGGCAUCUGGGCAAUUAUGACUUCUGAUCCGGAGAGCACACCAGAAUCUGCCUCUUGCCACCUUUUGAAGCAGCAGCUCUGAAGAUUAUGAAGAAAGCCAAGCAUUAUACCAGAAACUUGCACCAAACAAGUUUGAAAGCAAGUGAUAAGCAUGGGAAGUGUAACAGAUGAAUACUCAGAUCAUGGCAAUCAGCCCUCUCCUCAUGAAAACCAUUUCAGCUUCCGGAGCGCAGGGGACUGCCAUCAUAUUGAUUAUCGGCUGUUGAAACGAGACUAUCACCACAGAGUGUUUGUGAACAGGAGUCUGGCACUUGAGAAGAUUAAAUGUUUUGGAUUCGACAUGGACUACACCUUGGCAGUGUACAGAUCUCCUGAGUAUGAAGAGUUAGCCUUUCAGCUGAUGGUAAAUCACUUGGUGUCAAUUGGAUAUCCCCAGGAAUUGCUUCUCUACACAUAUGAUCCAACCUUCCCCACCAGAGGACUUGUGUUUGAUACGCUACAUGGGAACCUUCUGAAAGUGGACUCCCAUGGAAACAUCUUGGUAUGUGCUCAUGGAUUCAGUUUCCUCAAGGGGUCAGAGAUUCUUGAGCAAUACUCCAACAAGUUUAUCCAAAGAGAUGACAUAGAACGGUUUUACAUCCUUAACACUCUCUUUAACCUUGCUGAAACCUACCUCUAUGCCUGUCUAGUGGAUUUCUUCAUCAAUUGCUCGGAAUACAGCAGCUGUCAAGCAGGCUUUAAAAGUGGUGAUCUCUUCAUGUCAUACCGGAAUAUGUUCCAGGAUGUGCGAGACACAAUGGAUUUCGUGCAUGAUUCUGGGAUUUUAAAGAAGGAAACUCUGGGAAAUCUAGAAAAAUACGUGCUGAAAGAUCCUCGAUUGCCCCUGCUCCUCGGUCGAAUGAGAGAAGUGGGAAAGGUUUUCCUUGCCACCAAUAGUGAUUACCCCUACACAGAUGCUAUAAUGAACUUCUUGUUUGACUUCCCACCUGGGCUGAAGCCAGAUACUUUGCACCGCUCCUGGCAUUCGUAUUUCGACUUGAUUGUGGUGGACACACGGAAGCCUCUCUUCUUUGGAGAAGGGACCGUGGUCAGGCAGGUUGACAACGAAUCAGGAAAGCUGCGGAUUGGCACAUACACUGGCCCCUUACAACAUGGUGUUGUUUACUCUGGAGGGUCUUCAGACAUGAUCUGUGACUUGCUGGGGGUGAAGGGUAAAGAAAUUCUGUACAUUGGAGAUCACAUCUUUGGAGACAUCCUCAAGUCCAAGAAACGACAAGGCUGGAGGACCUUCCUGGUUGUGCCUGAGCUGGCACGUGAACUGCAGGUCUGGACUGAGAAGAGUGCUCUUUUUGAAGAACUUCGUAAUCUCGAUAUAUUUUUGGCUGAAUUUUACAAGCACCUCGACAGCAGCAGCAAUGAACGGCCUGAUAUCACCUCAGUUCGGAAGCGGAUUAAGAUGGUGACCCAUGAGAUGGACAUGUGCUACGGAAAGAUGGGAAGCUUGUUACGAUGUGGCUCCAGGCAGACCCUUUUUGCCAGUCAAUUGAUGCGCUAUGCUGACCUGUAUGCUGCCUCUUGUAUAAAUCUCUUGUAUUACCCUUUCAGCUACCUGUUCCGAGCACCUCCUGUACUGAUGCCCCAUGAAUCAACGGUCGAGCAAAUCCCUCUGGAUAUCAGUGAUAUGGAUGGCUUCUUAGAGAAGCAUAAGAACCACUCCCAAACAACCAGUGAGAGCCAUCAGGGUUCUUGUAACAGUUACGAAAUUGAUGCAAGCAUAGAGGAGGAAGAAAAGUAAAAACAUUCAGUUUCCUGAUGGUGUUAAUUAAUUGGUCCAUUGGUUUUGAGAAACAUUCCUGAUUUUCAGAGGUGACUCCAAAGUAACAAAUCUGAAGUGAGCUGGGAUGAUGUCCAUGAUCCAACUGGAACAUUGAUCCUCUACGUUUGUUUAUAGCCAGUAAACUCUGUGACUAAGUGAUCUUUCUUGUCCUGAAAGUUCUCACAUUACAACCAGUGACUCAAAUUGACCAAAGUGCUGUUCCAGAAGCUGCCACAUUGGCCAUAAUAACAGUGGCCAUAAGCAUGAAAAUGUUUGUUCUAGAAUUAUAAUCAGGAUAGGCUGAUAAUUAUUCAGCAACUCAGUCUGUAUUUACACUGUACUACACAAACCUUCACAAAGUGCACUGAUGUUAUGAAGGAAUUUCCUGGGCAUGUAUCCACACUAUUUAACUCUCUUGCUUCCAAGGAGAAUGUUGCAUCAUCUUGCACCUUACUGGAAGGAAGGGAGAGCAGAGAGAAGGUUGUAGGAGUCAGUGUUAGGCUAUUAUGGGUUUAGGAAGAAAUAUUAUAAAGAAGUGGAGCAUAGAGACCAUGUCCAAAUGUAAAAACCUCAAUCCGCAACCUGUAGAUAUUUAGAAACUAAUUCUUCCCUCCAUGCCAUCCAUUUAUACUGAUCCUGCACUAAUUCCGUUUUCUUCUCCUCACAUCUCAUCAACUCCCCCCAGGUUCUACCACUAACCACACACUAGGGGCAAUUUACUGUUGCCAGUUAACCUACCAACCCGCACAUAUUAUGGAUGUGGGGGAGGGAGCUAGAGCA